AAACAGCAGCACGCGCUGUGGUGUGUGGUAUUGUUGAUCGCUGGUUGGAGCUGCUCGGUUAUUUGCGUUGAUGACACAAUGACAAAAGGAUUUCACCGCGUCCGCUCCUGCACUGGUGAAGCGGUGAAGCGAAAUUAGAAGAAAGUACCCAGCGGGAAAGAACUAUCGAACAAAAACUGGUACCCGAAAAAGUGCGUGUGCGUGUUUGUAUUUGUGUGUGUGUUUUUGUGUGACAUUCCCAGUGUGAUUUGCAGUCGGAGUUUUCUAUUGUGUCGUCGUCGUUGCUUCACAGUCGUGUCAGUACGUCCCUUGCCCCCAUCCCCCCUCCACCCUGAGCAUACGAUGCGUUGAAGUGGCGUGGGAAGUGUCCGGAUUGGCUCUUGUGGUUAGUAGUAUUAUUACUCGCGUUGUGCUGCGUGUGUUGUGUGUGCCAUCUUUCGUGAUUUGUUAUAUAAUUGCGUGCACUGCACGUAUGUUUUCCAUCGGCCCAGUACCUGCCGACAGUCGUACAUGUGUGUGUGUGCGUGUGUGCACUUCAAUGCCAUGUGGUGCCACCCUACGACCCACCAGCAGUGAUUCAAACGCGAGCGCACAAAGCGCCUUCUCACUGUCAACCCAGCUCCUGCCAGUUGUGUUGUGUUGAUCGGCCGGGGAUCGCUAAAUCGUGAAAAGUAGGCCUCGAAUUCGUCAUCCGCAUUGGGAAGGGAGACAGACAGGCAGGACAGAGAGAAAGUUCCGAAGUAAACAAAGUCAGUCAGACACAAUUCUGCAUGUGAUAGUGCACAUUAGUGAAGGUACGUUUUGUACGUGUGUACGUUUGUGUGUGUGUUUGUGAGAGUGCAUUUUUGUUUGUGUCGAAAGUUCCCGUGCCGUCUCGUGUCUGUCUGGGCUGGGCACACAACCGCAAACCCGUAACGCAGCGCCCUAGCGCCCAGUGCAGCAAACCGGAAGUGCCCAGCGUGCGUCACAUUCCCCCUCCGCCGCGUCAGCGUGAUGUACGCGAUGAAACCGAUUCCGGUACAGCAGCUGCCGACGCAGCAACAGCAGCAGCAGAUGGCCAUGCCGCGACAACCGAAGAUGACGCCGAUCACGGACGACUACGACAUCUCCAACACGGUGCUCGGGCUCGGCAUCAACGGCAAGGUGGUGCAGUGCACGAGCAAGUCCACCGGCCAAAAGUAUGCCCUCAAGGUACUGCACGACAAUGCCAAGGCCCGGCGCGAAGUGGAGCUACAUUGGCGGGCGAGCGGAUGCCGAAACAUUGUAAAUGUCAUCGAUGUGUACGAGAAUAGCUACGGCGGCAAUCGAUGCUUGCUCGUCGUUAUGGAAUGCAUGGAGGGUGGCGAACUAUUCCAACGAAUUCAAGAAAGACAGGAUGGCCCUUUCACGGAACGAGAGGCCGCCCAAGUCAUGCAUGAAAUCUGUGUCGCUGUCAAGUACUUGCACGAUUCCAACAUCGCACACCGUGAUCUCAAGCCGGAAAACCUGCUGUACACGUCGCCCCACCCGAACGCCAUACUAAAACUGACCGAUUUUGGCUUCUCGAAGGAAACGUUCAUCAAGGACACGCUGCAGACGCCCUGCUACACGCCGUACUACGUCGCGCCGGAAGUGCUGGGGCCGGAGAAGUACGACAAGAGCUGUGAUAUUUGGUCGCUCGGUGUUAUCAUGUACAUUCUGUUGUGCGGAUUUCCUCCGUUUUACAGCAACCAGGGGCUAGCUAUCUCGCCCGGCAUGAAAGCCCGCAUCCGCACCGGACAGUACGACUUCCCGAACCCGGAGUGGAAGAAGGUUAGCCAGGCGGCCAAGGACCUGAUCAAGGAUAUGCUGAACGUGGAGCCGGAGAAGCGGCUCACCAUUGAGCAAGUGAUGAUGAACCCUUGGAUUCGGCGCUACACCGAGGUGCCCCAAACUCCGCUACACACCGGGCGCAUGCUGAAGGAGGGCGAAGAAAUUUGGCCCGAGGUGCAGGAAGAGAUGACCCGCUCGCUGGCCAACAUGCGGGUCGAUUAUGAGAUGCACAUCAAGAAUCUGGACAGCUCAAACAAUGCACUGCUCAACAAGCGGCGAAAGCGCGUGGAAGAAAAGGCUGCCCCCAAAGAAUAAUGCGCGACUGGCCGGACGGCGCAGCAUCCUCCUCCUGUGGCGGCCCACGUUGCGGUCGCCUACUAUUUCCCGCUGGUCGCCUUUUGUUUGCUCGUGGGCUGGUUUUUCGUUUGCGGCGGGGGCAAGUAGGCGCUGAGACGGUGCCGCCAGCCAGACAGCCAGCAAAAGCCAGCCGUCGCUUUUUCGGGUCGAUUAUUCUGGUGUGCAUCGCAUCGGGGUCGUCCCCAUUCCCUUUUCCCGGUACGAGGGGGAAGGGCCGAUUUUCCCUCCCUAUUUUACUCUGCUGAAAAGUUAGAAAAAAAAGACUAGUAUUUAAUCAGUGUUUAAGCAUUUUAACGAAAACAAUCAGUUGCUUUUUUUAAAUCAUUUUAUUCGAAGGCACUACUCGCGAUUCUAGCGCGAGUUUUCGCUCUCAAGCAAGUGGAUUUAGGGUUUUUUUUUAAAUUUUUUAACGGAAUGGAAUAAUCGAAAAGACGAACGGAACGAGAACAGCAAAAAAACCCAAACCUUUUUACAUAUACCGGACACAAAUUGACUGCUGCUGACGUCACUGUCCCCGGCUGCUUACCGUUGAGUACACCAGUUGGGGUCGCGCUAUUUGGCCGCAGUACAGUUACCGCAAUACAUCACAUUUAUAGAGAUAUAUAUAAACAAUGUAUAAAUAUUUACAAUGGUGCUGCUGCUGAUGCCUCUCAGCUUCUUGUUGCUAAAAUGGAGCCCCUGUUAUAAUGCAGUGGGAAACUGCCACGCAUUUGGAGAGGGGACAAUGAAUGAGGAAGAAAAGUUCUAUAUAUUUUUUCAAAUCGUGACCGUUAUUAACGCACUAUAGGAGACAGUUUUUCCCGAUGCGGAUAGAGAUGUAUAGCUUGAUAAUGAACAGAAAAAAAAACACAAACACACACACAUUUUAAACGCUAGAUUAAAUACGUAGAACCGCGACAAGACAAGAUAAGGUAGGCAGGAAUUGACGAAGCGAGGUAGGAUAAACAAACAAACAAACAAACGAAAAAAUCGCCCACGCGUACAGGAAUCGAAAAUAUAUGUAUAUGCUAAAAACAAACAAAAAUGAGGAAACAAUAAUCAGUGUUUUGGGAGGGGAAAAUAAAUAGGAAAACAAAACAUAAAAAAAAACAAUUUCUAGCUUAAGCUUUUUGGCGUUUAAAGGCAACAAAAACGAGGAAAAACAGACGAAAAUAAUACAAAAUCGGCUUAACAAAAUCACUCGAUAAUCAGUAAUAAAUGCUCCUGGCGUUGUGCUCCCGAUUGUAUUGUGGCCACCCAGGGAAGACGGGCCAUUUUCAUCCAUCCAUCCAUCAACACAAAACGGAGAAAGAUAUAGGGAAAGUAGGACCUUGUCUUACCGAACAUCAAGAGCGAGAGAUGAGGGGCAACAAAUCGAACAAAACGGAAAGACUUAAUCUCAAAAUGUCGAACUACCUUUACCCCCGGAGGGGGGGGGGGGAUACGAAAGCAAGAAGAGAAAAGUUUUCAAUAUAUUACAACAAGGCGAAUUGCAACGUUUGCCAAUGCCAUCAAGGGCGAUCACGUCCUACAUGAAACAUGAAAUUUGUCAAUUUAUAUCUUCUCCUAUCCCGUUUACUCUUUCACGUUGAAUAAACUACAAUAUCUUACUAAUCGCUUUCCUCAUCGGUUUGCAUUUAGGGGAA